GGGGCGCUGCGCGCGGGCGGCGACGCGGGGCCCUUCUGGCCGCGCCCGCUCCAUAGCGCCUUUCCCGGAAGCCUUUACCCCUUUCGCCUGGGGACGCCGCCAUGGGACGCGUGCGAACAAAGACUGUGAAAAAGGCUGCCCGGGUCAUCAUUGAAAAAUAUUAUACCCGGCUUGGGAAUGACUUCCACACAAACAAGCGGGUGUGUGAGGAGAUUGCCAUCAUCCCCAGCAAGAAACUGCGCAAUAAGAUAGCUGGGUACGUCACCCAUCUGAUGAAGCGUAUUCAGAGAGGGCCGGUCAGAGGCAUCUCCAUCAAACUACAAGAAGAAGAGAGAGAGAGGAGGGAUAACUACGUCCCUGAGGUCUCUGCCCUUGAUCAGGAGAUCAUUGAAGUUGAUCCAGACACCAAGGAAAUGCUGAAGCUGCUGGACUUCGGCAGUCUGUCCAACCUGCAGGUUACACAGCCCACAGUGGGAAUGAACUUCAAAACACCAAGAGGAGCUCUCUAAAUCCAUCGUCAUGCUGUCACUUUUCCAAUAAACAUGGGAAACCAA